CCUGUCGGCGUGUGCGCCUUGUUUAUUUCAUUCUGUUGCAGUGCUUGUUCUCGGUUCAGUCGAGCUAAGGCCUAAUCGGCGACUUGCACAUCUAUAAUAACUCAUCCGCAUCUUAAACAUGACUUCCAAGACAGAGCUUGCCUGCGUCUACUCGGCGCUGAUCCUCGUCGACGACGAUAUUGCCGUCACUGGUGAGAAGAUCCAGACGAUCCUGAAGGCUGCCAAUGUUGAGGUCGAGCCCUACUGGCCAGGUCUCUUCGCCAAGGCCUUGGAAGGCAUCAACGUCAAGGACCUGAUCACCAACGUUGGAUCUGGUGUUGGGUCUGCACCUGCUGGUGGAGCUGCACCCGCUGCUGCUGCCGCUGGUGCUGCACCUGCCGCUGAAAAGAAGGAAGAGAAGAAAGAAGAAGAACCUGAGGAAUCUGAUGAUGACAUGGGCUUCGGUCUCUUCGAUUAAGGUGUCAUGUUGGACCAGGCUGACUACACUUGUAUUCCAAUGAUACAACAUUAAACAUUUUUUUAACAAA